AUGAGAUAUUUGGGGAUUCCUCUCAUUUCUACUAGAUUAUUUGUCAGGGAUUGCAAAAGGCUUGUUGAUAAAGUGAGAAGUAGAAUUAGUGAUUGGAGGAAUAAAUUUCUCUCUUACGCUGGAAGACUGCAACUCAUUUCUUCUGUUUUGUAUUCCAUUCCAGUGUAUUGGGCUUCAUGUUUGCUUAUUCCGGCUGAAACAAUUAAGGAGAUUGAGAAGAUGAUGAAGAAUUUCCUUUGGAAUUGUGAUGAAUCCAAGAAGGGGAGAGCUAAAAUAGCUUGGUCUACUGUUUAUUGGAUUUCUCUCAUCCCUCAGUUUAAUGAUUUCCAAUUGCAUGUUCUUGAUCCUUUGGUGGCUGACAAGGUUUUAUGGAGGAAAAGGGAUGGGAAAAUAGUGGAGUUUGAUAUCCAACAUGUUUGGAAUGAUCUCAGAGAGGAUGGUCAGAUGGUUCCAUGGGUUCAUCUUGUUUGGUUUAAGCAGCGAAUUCAGAGACAUUCUUUUAUUCUUUGGCUCGCUAUUCAUGAAAGGCUGAAUACUCAAGAUAGAAUGAGGUUUUGGGAUAGUAAUAAAAAUCUGAAUUGCUCUCUUUGUAAUUCUCAACCAGACUCCCAUUCUCACUUGUUCUUUGAGUUCCCUUUUUCUUCAUUGGUUUGGAAAGAAGUGAAAGAUAAAGUGGAAAUUAAAAGUGAUUCUUUUGUGUGGAGAAACAUUGUUGAAGAUCUUCAACUUUUGCUUAAAGGAAAAAACAUUAGAAUUCUCAUCAUGAAAAUUGCUUUUGCUGCCUCGGUGUACAAUAUAUGGAGAGAAAGAAAUUCCAGACUCUUCAAGAAAGGAAAGAAUAUGGAGAACAAGGUCAUUUUGAAUUUUUUUGAAGAAAUUCGUCUUAAGCUUAUUGGGCUUAAGGGAGGUUUUCUGAGCUUUGAUGAUGAUGUCAAGAGGAAGUGGGGUAUUCCCGUUGGAGAGAAGGUUCAUGAUGUUUUUGAUGAUUAG